AUGGAGGCCCAAGAUGUUAAGGAGGAACCGUCAUGCUUGGAAGAACGAGAGAAUAUUGAUGAGGCAGCCCAGUCCAUGCUGGAGAGCCUCAGGCCCGUUCCCACCCCCGUGAGAAGUGAGAAGCCCCAGAGCAUCCAGCGACCAGUGUCCACGGAUGCACAGCCUAGGCCCUCAAGCGCAACGCAGCCCAAGCAUUCCACAGCUACGGACUUCAACGAGCUUCGUGAACUUCUCCAGUGCCAUCUGGUCAAGAGAGAGGAAGAAGCUCCGAUCACACCCACAGCCAAGAGAACCAAUACGAUCCGCAUCACCGAGCGCGAGUACAAGAACUAUGAAGCCACGCUGCGUCGAAUGUGCAACCCGUCGGCCAAGCGCGGCACCUUGGCAGUCAGCACGGAAGUGGCUGACCGAUGGAAAAAUACGAAGACCCGCAAGCAGCUGAUUGUGGCACUGAUCAACUGCAAGGGCGACAAAGAGUCCUUCAACCAGCGCAUGGAAGUGGUGAUCCGCAAUGUGAAAGAAGGACGUGUGGUCAUUGAUAGUGGCUUCUACAGCGAGAGUGCGAUGAAGACGGAACUUAAGUUUGACAAGGAUCGCAUCAAGGCCAUCAUCGCCUACUGCACGAAGACCAAGGCCAGGAAGCGGCAGCUCACGAGGAGAGACAAGUACCAACGCCACAUCCUGGAAUACUGGAUCGACUUGCGAACCAGUGGAAGCCUAUCCCGGAGCCACCAGGAGGAGUUCACUCAGUACGUCGAAAUCAUCGACAACAACGCAAGCCUCCCCAAUCCUGUGCUCGGCAACGAAUCGUUGCCCUGCUACGACGAGGAAGAUGAGGAGGAGUCCCAGGAUACAGAUGAUGGCGACGAUGAAGAUGAACGAGGCAGUGUCAGCCCUAAGUUCAAGCGAAAAAAAUCCAGGAGAAGCCGACCCUCUACUCCCCGAACCAACAAGAAGAAGCGAGAGGAGAAGGAGAAGCAAGCCGAAGUGGAAACGGCUUUGGAUGACAUCGAGAAGAUUCCUCAGAUUUUGGGUGAGAUUCUGAAGGUGCGAAUCAAAGUCGACAAGACUCUCGAAGAGCUCAAGCACAAGAAGAAGAAGGGCGAGCAAUUGAUGAAAUUGCAUGAUGACCUUGCAGAGAUCCGUGCGGAACACAGCAAGGAUGAUCCGAGCAAAGAGUCAAGUCGAAUCACUAUGGAAGAGAAGAAGUUGAGGACAGUUCUUCGAGCGGUGCCAAAGGCCAAAGGGAAAGCGGGCGAGAGCGAUCAGCCAGAUGAUGAAAGUGAGGCUGAGGAGGAAGAGCCGAAGAAAGUGCGGCCACUGAUGUUCCUGAAGCUGCACCUCACGGUCCCGUUUCCAAAGCUUUGGCACGUGCUCGUGGAGCAGGGGUUGGGGCCGCGAAUACAAGUCUCUGACCGACUCCUCUGUAGCAUCGCUUCGGGCUUCUUCGAAGAAUGUUCGCAAGCCGACCCAGACACGGCUGAUGAUCUGAAAAGUACAGUGCUUCUUCAAGAUUUACAUCGUGCUUCCCGGACCAAGCACGAGAGCAGCUCCUCUAAGUCGUUUGCAAAGACUGGCCUGUCAUGUCCUAUCGACAUACAGCAGCUGGACGUUGGCAAUGGCAAGAUGCACCCGGUACUGCCGAUCAAGCAUUUUCUUAAAGCUUUAGCUGACGGAAACCAACUUUCUCGACUAUGGGGCUCUACAAACAGCGGCUCAUACACAGAAAUUCUUCCGAGAUUCUGGAGGAGAUGGAAGGCUCACGACCCGCAGCACGCAGUCUUCAGUGAGCACAGGGGCCGCAUGGCACAGGUUUUGCCAUUGCAGCUCCACGCUGACGAGGGGCAAACGUUGAAAAAAACUGCCAUCAUGAUAUGGAACUUCCAAUCCAUUUUGGGCUUUGGCCUAGCAUCAUCGGAUGAUUGUGAGUCUGCAAUGGCACUGAACUACACUGGAAGUUCGUAUGCUACAAGAUUCUUAUACACAGUUUGCCACAAGAGGUUUUACAAGAAAGAUAAAUCUUACUUCGAUGGCAUCAUGCAGGGACUUGCCGACGAGCUUGUGGAUUUAUUUUACAAUGGUGUCACAGUGAAUCUUGCAGGACAGCAAACAACCUUCUACGCAGCUUUGGUUGGGCUUAAAGGCGACUGGCCAAUACAAGCUCGCAUCGGAAACUUGACAAGACACUUCUGCCGCAAGGGGGUGUUUCAGGUUUCGGCGACGAGUGGAAUCUGCCAUCUUUGCCGAGCUGGAGAGCAAGGCUACAAUGCCAACGAUUAUACAGAACAGGCUGCGUGGCGAGAUACAUACUUGACAUGUCCACCCUGGGAUUGCGAAGGAGUCUUCGCCGAACUUGCUGGAAGCGGCAUUGUUGUCAUCACCGACUAUGCAUUGGCAGGUCCUGGUGACAUUCCGACGCAGCUUGAUGCAAUAUAUGUUUUGGCCGUGCAGCACUGCAAAGCCACGAAGACGCCUUUGCAUAUGGAUGCGCUCACCCGGCAUCUCUUGGGAUUUGCAGCGGAUUUCGAUUAUCCGGUUGGGAACUGGUUCAAGGGGGCCGAUACGGCGGCUAUGUGCUCUUUUCUUGAAGCUUUCUGGGCAAAUCACCUCGCGGAAACAAGCGAAUCGGAUGAGUACUUGCAUGGGAUUCUUCGAUGCUUGCGUGCUGCCAAUGUUUUUAUGCGGACAUUGUACCGCUCGGGCUUAUGGCUUUCAACAGAGCGGUGCAAGAUCAUCGCCGAGGCUGGUUUGGCAGUUUUGAAGUCUUAUAUGGAAGUAUCAAGUCAUGCAUUGCAGCUAAAGAAGACUCGCUUCAAAGUCACGCCAAAAUAUCACGCGCUCAUACACAUCGUGGACAUGCUGGUUGGUGCUUACAACUCUGGCCGCCGAUGGACGCUGUCCCCGCUAAGCGAGGGGACGCAAAUGGAUGAGGAUUUUAUUGGUCGCAUUGCUUCUAAGACAAUGACCAUUAGCACCCGGCAAGUUCACAGUCAGACACUGAAGAAAUACCUCACGGCCGUGUGGACUCACUUGCCGCCGAAGUGA